UUGCCCAUUCUUUUGUUUACCAAUUUAACUGUCAAAUUUAUUUGUAUAUCCUAUAAAGAAUUUCUAGAAUAAUUCCGAAAUAUUUCCAUUAUACCAAUACUAUCUUAAUAAUAUUUCAAGUUAUUCUAUAAUCCACCCGAACAGGCAUCAAUUAUUCACAACCUGUCAGUAACUAAAACAAUUUGGACAGUUAAUCAAUCAGCUGGUAAACUACAUUUAACUCCCAAUAAGCACCAGAUUAAUUCUUCAAUUUGUUAAAAGAAAAAUAUAAUGAACGCCCUCAGUUGCGAGCAUUUCGAACGAUUCAAAGAAGACUCUGCCAGUUUAGAAACUCUCAAGUGGAUCCAUUCAGUGUUUGUUGUUGGACACCCAGCUAGAUACAGGUCAGUCAAAAUUUUGAAUACUUCAUGUCAAACUUGCAGAAAUAGGGGCCCGCACAUUCAUGCUUGCAUCGAAUGCGUUUAUUUCGGUUGCAUACAGCAUAUCAGGCAACAUACCCGAGACCUAAAUCACACUUUUUCAUUAGAAUUGAUUUAUGGUCAGUUGCACUGUGCCAAAUGUGGAGAUUACAUUUAUGAUAAUGACCUGGAUGAAGUGGCUCAAAAGCACCGGAUGCAUUCUAGGAAAUUUCAAAAAAGACUUUUUGAUUGUGUUUCUUGGGACCCAAAUGAAGAUGAGCGUCAACUUAUAUCAAAUAGAACAAAAAGGAUGUGUUUAACACCAGAAACCACUUUGGGGCUAAGAGGACUGAUAAAUUUGGGAGCUACAUGCUUUAUGAAUUGCAUUGUGCAGGCCUUAAUGCAUACCCCAUUAUUAAGGGAUUAUUUUUUGUCAGAGCCUCAUUGCUGUAAAGGAGUUCAGGGAGCAUGUUUAGUAUGUGAGGUUAGCAAAUUAUUUCAAGAAUUCUAUAAUGGAGAUACAACUCCUUUGGCCUUACAUGAGUUGCUACAUUUAAUUUGGACCCAUGCAAGUCAUUUGUGUGGUGAUAAGCAGCAUGAUGCUCAUGAAUUCUUUAUGGCUGCCCUUGACUUAUUACAUAAACAUUAUUCAGAAUCAAAUCCAAAGCAUAAUAGUAGUGCAAAUAACAUUGUAAAUAAUCAUGUCCAUACUGGAAACUGUUCCUGUAUUAUCCAUCAGAUCUUUUCUGGAAGGCUGCAGAGUGAUGUGGUUUGCCAAAUUUGUAAUGGGGUCUCGACCACUACAGACCCUACUAUGGAUUUUGCAUUGGACUUAGGAUCAGUUACUGAAGGAGGUAGGAGCCCAUGUUCCCUUAUUGACUGUCUAGAAAGUUUUACCAAAGCUGAACACCUUGGAAGGGAGAAAAUAAUGUGUGAAAAUUGUGGAUCAAAGCAGGAAAGUACAAAACAGCUGACAAUCAAGACUCUGCCUAUUGUCGCCACAUUCCACUUAAAGAGGUUUUCCCAUUCAGAUGCAGGGAUUAAAAUAUCAACAGCUAUUUCUUUCCCAGAAAUGAUUGAUAUGACCCCAUUUAUGAGUAAAAGGAAAAAGGAGAAGCCUUUCCCAUCUGACAACCGUUACUCACUCUUUGCAGUUGUAAAUCACUCGGGUGAUAGUGCAAAUGAAGGGCAUUAUAUAGCUUUUGUUAGACAACAUCUAGAUUACUGGUAUAAAUGUAAUGAUGAGGUUCUAACUCCUGUUAAACUAAAAGAUGUCCUGUCUUCAGAAGGGUAUAUUUUAUUUUACCACAAACAGGUUUUAGGUUAUGAAUGAAUUUAAAUGUAAUAGAGUGUCAGGUUUAAUUUUAUUGUGUAAGUUGUAGAUUUUUUUUGAACAAAGUAUUUUUAUAUUUUUUA